AUGGAUUUUGUUAUAGGGUUACCACGAUCACACCGAAGAUCUAAUUCCAUAUGGGUUAUCGUAGAUCGACUCACCAAGUCAGCUCAUUUCCUACUAGUUAAGACUACCUUCUCAGCAGACGAAUAUGCCAAGUUAUACGUUAAGGAAAUAGUUCGACUUCAUCGGGUUCUAGUUUCCAUCAUAUCAAACAGAGGUGCCCAGUUUAUACCUGAACUUCUGGAGAUCAUUCCAAAGAGGACUGGAGAAGGUGAAAAUGACUCAAAGUCAGUUAUUGACCGCUCAAAGCAGGCAAAAGUCUUACUCAGAUACCCGACGAUGAGAUUAGGAGUUUGCCAUGAGAGAAUGGGUAUUCCUAAGGGUGUCGCCAAUGAAAAACCUGAUGAGAAAGUCAGUCAAGUGGCUUCUAAGCUUGAGUUGCCCCCGGAGUUGGAAGCAGUGCAUCCCGUAUUCCGCACAUCUAUGCUUCGAAAGUGCUUGAGUGAUCCGUCUUAUAUUACCCCUAUUGAAGAUAUUCAAGCCAUGGAGGACCUAUCCUACAAAGAAGUUUUGGUGGCUAUCCUAGAUCGUCAAGCGCGUAAUCUGCAAAUCAAAGAAAGUGCUUCAGUUAAAGUACUUUGGAGGAACAAAAAUGAAGAAUAA